AGAGGAAAUAGCGGCAACCACAGAAGAAGAAGCUUCCCUGUCUGGUAGUGAAUGAAUAUGCUACACUGACUUUGUUCUAAAUCACAAACGUACUUGUUUAGAAGCAACAGAAGGUCACUCUCUACAGUAACGAUGUUGUCCGGGGUUCCUCCAGAUACGUGGCAGCCGCCCACAGUUGCCUUGGACACCACAAUGGGGACUAUAGUGGUGGAGCUGUACUGGCAACACGCGCCAAAGACCUGCAAAAACUUUGCCGAGCUUUCCCGAAGAGGCUACUACAAUGAGACAAAGUUUCACAGAAUAAUCAAAGAAUUCAUGGUGCAAGGUGGAGACCCUACAGGGACAGGUCGUGGUGGCGCCUCCAUAUUUGGUAAACAGUUUGAAGAUGAACUGCACCCAGAACUGAAAUUUACAGGUGCUGGUAUUCUGGCAAUGGCCAACGCUGGACCGGACACCAAUGGAAGCCAGUUCUUCCUCAGUCUCGGACCCACCCAGUGGUUGGAUGGGAAGCACACUAUUUUUGGAAGAGUUUACCAGGGGAUGGGCGUGCUGAACCGAAUCGGGAUGGUGGAGACAAACAGUCAAGAUCGUCCGGUUGAAGAUAUAAAAAUUCUCAGAGCAAAUGUGCCCAAUUAAGUCAAUGUUAUUGUUUGUUUUUUUUACUCUGUUAAAAAAAUAAAUGUCUGUUAAUUUUUUUAAGUCAGACUAUU